UCCAUCCCUACAAUUGCUUAGAUUAGAAAAAGAAAAGAUUCCACCCUCAAAUGGAGAACCAAGAUACCUACUUCCCAUAUCUUUUCACUACCAUUCUCUUCACAAUCAUGAUGUUGGAGAUAUGGAAGAAAUUCACAAGCAAUGGUUCCAUAUCAAAACUGCCCCCAGGGCCAUUGAAAUUACCUUUCAUAGGAAACCUCCACCUCUUUAGUGGUACUCUUCCUCAUCAUUGCCUUAGAGACAUGGCCAAAGUAUAUGGUCCUGUGAUGCACCUGCAGCUGGGCGAAGCCUCCACUUUCAUCUUCUCCUCACGAGAAGUUGUUGAGGCAGUAAUGAAAACCCAUGACCUCAUUUUUGCUGGUAGGCCUCUUCUCCAUUCUCUAAAGCUAGUAACUUAUAGUUUUUCUGAUAUUGUGUUGGCACCAUAUGGAGACUAUUGGAGACAGAUGAGAAAAAUUUGCACGUCCGAGCUCCUAAGUGUAAGACGUGUGAAAUCAUUCAGAUCAAUUAGGGAGGAUGAAGUCUCAAAUUUAAUUAGAAACAUCUCGUUGGAGGCAGGAUCGACAAUCAACCUUAGAAAGAUGUUGUAUUCUUCAGGACUUUCCAUCAUCUCCAGGGCAGCCAUUGGUGGGAAAUGCAAACACCAGGAGGAAUUCAAGCAACUGGUUCCAGAAAUUUUAACUUUGUUUGGAGGUUUGAGUCUCGUUGAUUUGUUCCCUUCCAUCAAAUUGCUCAGUCUGAUACAUUCACUAAGGCCUAAAUACAGAAACUUGCAUAAGAAGCUAGAUGAAGUUCUAGAAAGCAUCAUUCUUGAGCAUCAAGCUAACAAAGGAACAGAAAAGAGUAGUUGUGAGGAUCAUGAAGAAGAUGAUCUCUUGGAUGUUCUUUUGGAUCUCAAGGAUCAUGGGGAACUUAGAAUUCCCUUAACAAUAGCCAAUAUCAAGGCUAUAAUCAUGGAUUUAUUCACUGCUGGGGGCGAAUCAUCAGCUGUAGUAGUGGAAUGGGCAAUGUCGGAAAUGUUGAAAAACCCCAAAGUAAUGGAAAAGGCACAAGCAGAGGUGAGGCAUGUCUUUGCUACCAAAGGCAGUGUUGAUGAAACAGGCCUCCAUGAAUUGAAGUACCUAAACUUGGUCAUCAAGGAAACUUUAAGACUACACCCUCCUUCUCCCUUGCUAGUUGCAAGGGAAAGCAGAGAGAGGUGUGAGAUUAAUGGAUUUGAGAUACCUGCCAAAUCCAGGGUCAUAGUUAAUGCUUGGGCGAUUGGAAGGGAUUCGAAUUACUGGACUGAAGCCGAGAAGUUCCUCCCGGAAAGGUUUUCUGAUGGCACAAGUGACUAUACAGGAUCUAAUUUUGAAUUCAUUCCUUUUGGUGGUGGGAGGAGGAUGUGUCCUGGCAUUUCAUUUGGCAUGGCCAACAUUGAACUUGAACUUGCAAAUUUGCUCUUCCAUUUUGAUUGGAGACUACCGGAUGGAAAGAAGCCUGAAGAUGUAGACAUGACAGAGGUUUUCAGCACUGUGGCAAGAAGAAAAUAUGAUCUGUGCUUAAUUCCCAUUCCUCAUCGUCCCAUGCCUUUCAACUGAUUACAGAUUACAAGAAUGUUAGAUUUGAUGAUGUUUAAUCAGUACCAAUGUAUUUCAAAUUAUAAUAUGUACCAAAAAUAAUCCUGUAUAAUCUUGUUCAUCAGUUUGGAUGUCAAAUAAUUUGAUAUCAUAUUC